CGCUCGGUCGUAUCCAAACCCAACACAGCAAGCUAGCGAGACAAGAAACUUCCAUUCCGUUCGCACACCAGACUCCGCGAUCCUAAUCCGCUCCACGCGUCGUUCAACGUUCAUGGCCACCGCGCCGCGCGCCACGGCGAUCGCCGACGACCGGUGCUGCCCGGCGGCGUUCGCGGCGGACGGCGACGCCGCGACGGCCAUCGAGGACCUGCCCGCGGACGUCAUGGCACUCGUGCUCCGCCGCCUCGACGGCGCGUCCCUGGCCGCGCUCGGCUGCUCCUGCGCCGCCUUCCGCGACCUCGCCGCCGACCCGGACGCCUGGCGAGCGCUCUGCCUCGCGCUCUGGCCAUCGCUCCGCGACGUGCCCGCCGCGGACCACAAGGGCCACCGCCGGCUCUUCGCCGACGCGUUCCCGUUGCCGUCCGCUGCCGCGUCGCCUGCACCGGCGCUCGACCCGGCGCAUCGCCUCCCCGCGCGGCUCGUCUCGGCGGUCGACCUCCACCACCGGGGCGCCGGCAUCAUGUCGCGCGUCGUCGAGACGGACGCCGCGUCGGGGUGGUUCCUGGGCGCGCCGUUUCGCGUCGACGCGCUCGUGCAGGAGGGCUUCACGGCGCCGGCGCCGAUCGCCCCGGCCGAGCUCACCCUCAGCUGGGUCCUCAUCGACCCGUCGACCGGACGCGCCGUGAACGCGUCGAGCCGGCGCCCGGUGUCCGUGGAGCGGCGGUGGCUCACGGGGGAGACCGUUGCGCGGUUCGCCGUCGUGCUCGGCGGCGGCGGCGGCGUCGCGCUGGACGCCGCCGUCACGUGCGACGAGAGGCUGGGGCACGUCAGGGAGGUCAGCCUCUGCAUCGUGGACGGCGAGGGCAGCGGCGUCAGCGGGAGGGACGGGCUGGCCGUGGUCGCCGCGGCCAUGGCGGGCGCCAGGCAGGGGCGCGGCGCGGAGGACGCGGCCAGGCUGCGGUAUGAAGAGUUUGUCAAGGGGAGGGCGGCCAGGAAGGAGCGGAAGGCCAGGCGGGAAGGCUUCAUCGACCUAUGCUGCUCCAGCGUCGGGGCGGCGGCGUUCCUGGGGUUCCUGGUGAUGCUGACAUUCCGGUGACAGACACCUCGACGACCGCCACGCAAAUGCACAGCACGACUGCUCGAGCAAUGUAAAUAGUGGGAAAAAGGAGCUAUCGUUGACACGCACGCUGCACACAAGACAUGUAAUUACGUACAUGGUGCAGGUUAUUACAUGCCUGAACACACUAGCAAUUUACACAAGGGCCUGAGCUUAGUGAGAAGACUCAUUUCCUAAUGAUGGUCCAUGCCCUAUUCUUGCAAUUUGGACAUCCACGAAAGGAACCGUUUGUUUGCUCCAUAAA